UGAGAGCUUGAGACAACUUGAGAUGACAUCAUGCUCGUGUCACGUGGCCGGUGACUAAAAGAUAAAAGAAGUUGAUGAGAAGAAUUGAAGUUUGAAGAUAAGGUCGACGUCAAGGAAAGGAAGAACUGGGGACUGGAGCUACUGGAAGAAGGAUUAGAAGAAAUAAGGAAGGGCAACAAGGGUUGAGCAAGUAUUUGGUUUCUGCCAUUCUGAUGUUUUUUUAUGAUCAAUGACUUAGAAUCCAAAUUAUCAUCAGUCAAUUAGGUCACAGAUUCAUUAGUUGAGAGCUGCUUGGAAUUAGAAUACUUACAUAGAUAUAUGGGUAUUUUCAGCACAAAGAUGUCCUCUGAAACACAUUCUGUUAAAUCAGCCCUAGUUAUGGAUUUCAUCAAAUCUGACAAAAUUGUGAUCUUCUCCAAGACAUAUUGUCCCUACUGCAAAUUGGCCAAGGAGGUUUUUGAUAAACUGAAUGCAAAGUAUACUGAAAUAACACUGGAAAAUAGAGAUGAUGGUGAAGCAAUCCAGAGUAUUCUAGGAGAGAUGACAGGUGCUCGAACGGUUCCUAGAGUUUUUGUCAAUGGAAAGUGCAUAGGUGGAGGAUCAGAUGUUAAAGCUUUACAUCAAAAAGGGGAACUCCAGAAGAUGAUUCAAGCCUGAACCUAAUUUAUUAUUGUUUGAUUGUGUGCUUACUUAUAUUAUGUUAACCAUUGAUUAAAUUCGAAUUAUAUUUAUGUAUAUGAGCUGCUAA